UACACAUUAUUCUCGUGUACUUUUUGAUUUUUCGUCUCAAUGAUUAGUAGUCGUGAGAAAAAGGUUUAUCAUGUCCAAAACUUCAAAUCAAACCAACCACUAAUCAACUUCGACAGUUGGACUGCUGCUUUCUGAAAGAUGAUGCACAGCCACACACAAGAGAAUGAGAAUGAAGGUGGUGAAGAAACGAACAUGGCAGCUUGGCUUCUUGGAAUCAAGAACCUGCAAAUUCAACCUUAUCAUCUUCCUCCUCUAGGCCCUAACGAUGUAAAAGUCGAGAUCAAGGCUCUCGGAAUUUGUGGGAGUGAUGUUCAUCACUUCAAGAACAUGCGAGUUGCAAAUUUCAUAGUGAAAAAACCAAUGGUAAUCGGACAUGAAUGUGCUGGAAUCAUCAAAGAAAUCGGGCACAACGUGAAAAGUGUAGCAGUGGGUGAUCGAGUAGCCCUGGAGCCUGGUAUCAGUUGCCAAAGCUGUAAUCUUUGCAAAAAUGGAAGCUACAAUUUAUGCAAAAAGAUGAAGUUCUUCGGUUCUCCCCCAACCAACGGCGCUCUUGCAAAUCAGGUGAUUCAUCCUGAAAAUCUGGUGUUUAAGUUGCCUGAUAAUGUGAGCUUGGAAGAAGGUGCCAUGUGUGAGCCACUUAGCGUUGGUGUACAUGCUUGUAGAAGGGCCAAUGUGAGCCCAGAUACUAAAGUGUUGAUCUUUGGAGCUGGGCCUAUUGGGCUUGUAACCAUGCUGGCAGCCCGUGCAUUUGGAGCACCCAAAAUCAUAGUUGCUGACGUCGAUGAACUUCGAUUAUCAUUCGCAAAGGACCUUGGUGCAGAUGCCACCAUUCAAGUCUCAAAAAACAUCCAGGAUAUAGAAAAGGAAACAACAAUGAUUUUUGAAGCCAUGGGUGAGAGUGUGGACAUAAGCUUUGACUGUGUUGGGUUUGAUAAAACAAUGUCAACGGCUCUGAAUGCCACCCGGGCUGGUGGUAAAGUCUGCCUUGUGGGAUUGGGACAAACUCAGAUGACCAUCCCUUUGGUUGCUGCAGCUUCAAGGGAAAUUGAUGUUAUUGGGAUAUUUAGAUACAGAAACACAUGGCCACUAUGUAUCGAGCUUCUGAGAACCAAAAAGAUUGAUGUGAUGCCACUUAUAACUCACAGAUACAAGUUUACACAACAAGAUGUGGAGAAAGCAUUUGAAACAAGUGCUCAGGGUGGUAAUGCAAUUAAGGUUAUGUUUAAUCUUUGAGGCUGAUUUGUUAAAGUAUGUUGUCUUGUAUAGGGACUAGACAAUAAAUAUUACAUUAAGUUUUCUUAUAUGUAUACUUUUGUAAUGUAUGUUUUGUAUCCGAGAUUGUCUUAAACUUGUGUAGAACUCCAGCCUAAUGGUUUGAACACAUGGCCUUUUUUUAAUAAAUUUCUCAUUUUCAUAGCA